AGUGAGUGAAUGCCUAGGCACUACCCCCCACCCCUCCUUGUGAGUGUGUAUGUGUGUAUGUAUGUGUGCGUGUGUGUGUAUACACACACACACUGCAGGCGCGUGUAGCUGACCACACUGUGCUCACAGCUAUGUGUGAAGACACGCACAGCACGCCAAAGAAUCAGCAACACUGAUUCUAAUGCUCGCUUUCUUCCAGGACCGAUCGCAUUGCAGACCCAUCCCACUCUCUCUCUCUCUCUCUUUCUCUCUCCCUCUCUCUCUCUCUAUCUAUCUUACACUCUGUUUCCCCGUGUCUCUCUCUUCCUUGUACUUGUACAAGCGUGUAGAGCUGGAAAGGAGGAAAAACCCCCUCGUUCUUUUUCUCUCACUCUCUCGCUCUCACUCUCUCUUUCUCUCUAUCUUUGUGUCCUGCGGUGGGAUAAGCUGUGAGAGGAUGAGCCCCUGAUCCAGCGCUGGACCCGAGUGACCUGACAGCUCAAACUAAUCUUAUCCAGUCAAGACGAAGUUCUGUGAGCUGAAAUCCAGGAAGCAGUGGAGAGCAUCCAGUCUACACAGUGAAACAUUUCUGAUCUGGUUGAUCAGACACAGUUACUUGCUACGUUCCGAGUGGGCCUUCUCUGCUCAGAUGGCAGCUGGCAGCUAUCAUCUAUGACUCAGAGAGCUGUGUGGCAGCAGUGAGUGUUCAUCACCGUUCAGCCACAGGCAGCUGUACAUGGAGACCCCCAGCUGGGCAGAAACUAAACCAGGAAACGGGUUGUGUAAAACCGGAAACAUUGCUCUCUUUGGAAACGUAGUGUACAGUGGGCUGCUGAACGAUCACUUCUGGCAUUUCGGGGUUCCCCUUGUCACAAGACUGGGUAACCAGGAGGCACCAGCCCCUCCAGAGGCCAUGGCACAGCCGUAUGCCCCUGCGCAAUACCCCCCUCCCCCGCCUCAGAAUGGGCUACCCGGCGAGUAUGCCCACCCCGGGCAGGAGUACACGGGGCCAAACCCGGUGCCCGAGCAUGCAGCUGCCCUCACCAUCUAUACAACUACACAGACACACAGUGAUCCAACCGGUACUGAGAACAGCACGUCCUCACUCACAGCACCCAGCAACGUACCACAGGCAGAUGAGGUGGCGCAGACAGAGGGCUCCCAGCAGCUCCAGCUCCAGCCCUCAGACUCUUCAGAGAAGCAGCAGCCCAAGCGGUUACAUGUCUCCAACAUUCCAUUCCGCUUCCGUGACCCGGACCUACGGCAAAUGUUUGGGCAAUUUGGGAAAAUUUUAGAUGUGGAAAUUAUUUUUAACGAGCGGGGCUCUAAGGGCUUUGGUUUUGUAACUUUUGAAACAAGUGCAGAUGCAGACCGUGCAAGGGAGAAACUAAAUGGUACAAUCGUAGAGGGACGCAAAAUCGAGGUAAAUAAUGCAACAGCACGAGUAAUGACAAACAAAAAAGUGGCUAACCCCUACACAAACGGCUGGAAGCUGAACCCAGUAGUGGGAGCUGUCUAUGGUCCUGAAUUUUAUGCAGUCACAGGCUUCCCAUACCCAACUACAGGGGCAACAGUGGCAUAUAGAGGUGCCCAUUUGAGGGGACGGGGUCGUGCAGUCUACAACACGUUCCGUGCCGCACCUCCACCUCCCCCCAUCCCUGCUUACGGAGCUGUGGUUUACCAAGAUGGCUUCUAUGGUGCCGAGAUCUAUGGUGGCUAUGCGGCAUACAGGUAUGCCCAACCAGCCGCAGCAGCUGCGGCAGCUUACAGUGACAGCUAUGGCAGAGUCUAUGCAACAGCAGACCCUUAUCACCACACGAUUGGACCUGCAGCCACAUACAGUGUGGGAACUAUGGCUAGCCUAUACAGAGGAGGGUACAGUCGCUUCACUCCAUACUAAAGACAGAAAAUUCAUCCCCAGACAAAACAAAAAGCAAACAAAAAUGCAAACAACCCACCUUCUCCUUUCCUGGGAAAGUAAAUAGAACAAAAUGCUUCCAGGUUACCAUCGACCCCACCUUGUACACCCUUUCAAGUCAAACCUCUUAACAUUUGUGCAAUUUUCUCAUGUUUUCUCUGGUGCGUGUAUGUGUGUGCCUCACUGUUGUAUUGAUUUGGAAUCUGUUUUGUUUGUAUUGAAAUGCGUGGGCCAAGACAGGAGGGGCUGAAUGACAGCUUGUGGGGAGGAGAGAUGCUGUUCAAUGAGCUUUCUCAUUUAGUCUGGCCUUAGAUUUAUGGGCAUGAGCUCAGCUGAUUUAUGUUAUGAGAGCGUGAAGGGAGAAGGCCUCGCACUGGCUUUAUGUGUAUUACUCAAUGGAACUGCACUAAGCAACAUGUGCAAAGCAACUAUCCGGCCAGAAAUACAAGCAUAUUUAAUUCUCUGCUCUUCCUUGACUAAUACAAAAAAGAAGCCAUCUGGUUGUAUCACAAGCAUUCAGUUGCGGUUCAGUAGGAACGAUAGAUACACUAUAAAUAAUAAUAUACACUAUAAAUAUCACUCUUGUUUUUUGAAGGGGGUAUUUUUCCUUACUGUUACUAGAUUAUGAGAGACCGUCUAACUCAUUUUAACCCCUUUUCUAAAAGGGAAAGGGAAACUGUGAAGGGAUUUGUUUAGAAAGCUUCCUAAUUAUGGAACAGUGGCUGUUUUGCCCUUCUGCUGAAAAUCGUACAUCUGUUAUAAUCUUUCAAAUUCUGUUUUACUUUAAAACAAAAAGCUCAUUGACACAGAUCUCUCCUCACCUCACAGUAACCAAUACAAUGUCUUCAUGUCAGUUUUAUUAACAUUUUUAUGAAAUCCUUAUUCACAAACCCAUGCUGAUGUUAAUGUGACAUUUUACAGUAUUCCUGUCAAGAAAUAAUAUACUGUUAACCCAAUUGUAUUCCAUUGCUACAGACCAGCAUAAUAUUUCACAAAAUUGUAAAUGCAAUUCAGUUAGUUUAAUUUUUUUUUUUUUUUUUUUUUUGGCUCAUCGCUUAUGAAAGAUGCUGAUGUUUUCAAGUGAUCGAUAAUAAAAUAUGUUUUCUAAGCUUAUAUAUGCUUAGAAAACAUAAGAAGCAUAAACUUUACCAUAAUUAUAUUCAAAUUGAAAUGGAACAAAACAGUACUCUAUAAAAUCUCUUUUAGUGGAACAGAGCUCUUAUGUUCAUAAUCAAGUGCCCUGCGGAAGACUUUCCGGUAUGAGUGUGCACUUAAUCACAGCUAUUAUCUCCAGCUCUUAUCUCAUUCUGUAAAUAAACAUCGAGUAUUAAUAUCACAAAGGUAGAGCACAUUGGUACUACAUGGUCUGUUGCACCCUCUAGCUGAUAAAAUCUUGAAAUCCCACUGCAGCUUAAAUGAAGACAGUGAAGGCAUAGUGGUGUGCUGUUGAAAUAUUCAUUGCUGUUGUGGCACACAUUUCUUCUUAAAGGUCACUCUUGCAAUGAGAUGCUGAAAUACAAUCAUGAGAUAAAACUGUUAAGAAAAAAAAAAAAGGCAAAAAGUGCCAAGUAAGUUUAAAAUGAGAAACAAGGAGGAGGCUUCCCUUUCCCUUGAGAUUCUGCACAUUUUGCAGAGAUGAAGCACCACAGGGUACUGAGCAACAUGUUCAGCUAUUGAUUUGCUGUUGAGGUACUUGUUAAGCGCUUGGUGUGUCCCGCCGAGUCAUAUAUUUCUGGAACAUUAUUAGCUGGCCAAAAAAUGUAUAGGUGGCUUCAGAAUCCUUAAUAAGACAGCAACAAUUUAAGAGUUCUUUCCAAGAGGAAGGGAGAGUAAGAUGAACAGGUUAGGUUUUGAGAAAAUCAAUCGAACCUUAUCAGACAUGGUCUGUACCUCCUCUCAGGUAAGAUCCAUAUGUUACCCAUGUCACACUAUCCUAGAUUGAAUCACCCCGAGAGAGCGGUUGUUACCCUUGAAAGGUAUUUAGUUUGUCGUUUGCUUACAUGUGCAUACCUCGAGUUUAUUCUAGCAUUUUAGUCGUGUUUCUUGCGAAUCAGGGCCAUUUUUCCUCCCAGUGGAGAAGUGGAGAAGUUCACAGGUGAAAAGCUCUCUCUCAAGGUGACAUUAUGCUCAGACCCAGCACUUUGUAGAAAGCCAGUGAUAAGACAUGCUAGGCCUUUAGAGAACAUACUGUGAGAGAGAGUGAGUAAGAGAGAGAACGAGUGGGAGAAGCCAAUAAUCCUUUCUGUGAAAUAGGGCCUCUCUCGUUUCCAAGUUGUUCAGGGCGUUGAUCAUGUCCCUGAGGCUCAGAAGCAGCUCACAUCCCCAUACACUGACACACACUCUGCCCAGUAAAUAGCUGCCUGCUCACUUCAAAUGGAAUAGAAAGGUGGGAGUUAUAGAAGAAAGGGAGAAAAGAUUCAGGACGGAGGGGCAGCAUCCAAAGCAAUUUACUCCACAGAUUAAAGAUAACACCAUUGAGUCAAUAACCACUGAUCUCAUUUGAAGAUACACCAGGCUUACCCUGCGCAUAGCGCUGCUGUUCAGCUCGUUCUAUUACCAUAGCAGUUGUGGCUGCAGACACACCAUUCUCCUGCUAGACUGAAAUCACAUGCAGCCUAUUGUAAAACAGUGAUUGGAUGCAGUGCUUCCCCUGAUUUGAAGAAAAAAUCUACCAUACAACAUAAUAUUUCACUUAAAUAAGCUUCCUCUUCACAUCCACCAACACCUCCUCACCUCUAUGAGCUUCGCCGUCUUCUUUGAAAAGAAUUUUCUUUUGUAUUGAUAAAAAGAAAUAAAGUUGAGCCGCUGAGCCCAACCCUUUCCUUGCUACUAUAAUGCCGGUUAAAUAUUUAAUAAGUUUCUUAUGAACACUGCUAAGAUAAUGACGGUAACAUCAAGUACAAUUAUUAACACAUUUAUCAUUGUUAAAUGUUAUUUUUAAAAAUAAAAAAAUACUGACAGAUCAACAAAAUCAUUUUACAGUAGGAAAAUAAAGUCUAAACCCAGCACCUCGACACACAUCAGGCAUUUUUCUGUAGGUUUUCAGUGUUAAGUAAUGAAAUAAAUGUUUUUGUUGCGUUUUUUUUGGGAUGGUACCUCAAAAUACAGUGCCUCCAAGCUGAAAAUGUUGCUAGGCUUUCUUAGAUAAAAAAAAAAAAAACAAGCUCUGUGGGAAUGGAAUACAAGGCUAGUGCUACCAAAAUGACUGCUACCAUAAGCUGUAAAUAACACUGAAAUAGGUUUUACAUCCAUGCUUGCACUUUAUCAGUUUUAAACCAGUUUCUUCUUCUUGUUGUUGGUGGUGGUGGUGGUGUUUCUUUCUUUUAAUUCAUCAAUGUAUAUAUCCAUUUUUUUUUUCUAACAAGGUCAACCCUAGAUUGAUCUGAAGAUGUAUACUUGUGUGUAACAAUAGAUAUAUUAGCAUAUUUAAGAAAGCAUAGCUCUGCUGUAGUGCUUCAAACUUAGAGAAACAAAGCAAACAAUGUAUUCUUCCUUUUAUAAACUAAUAAAAUAAACCUACAGAUAUUCCAUUGUGAAUUUUUUUAUAUAUCUAUGUAAAAUGUUCAAUCAUAUUUCUUUAUACGUUUUUUGUUUUUUUUUUUGAAAAGAGAACUGAUUAUGUCUAAAUGUGUUAGAAUAAUAACUCUGUGCUGUGCAGUUGGGCUAUAUAAAUGUGUUUAUAUGAUGUUUCCAAAUAACUUGAAGGUAUUAAAUCUGCCCUCUGACAUUUGUUCCAUUUUCAUUUCAAUUAAAGACUCAUUUCAUUUCAGCAACUAUAACACAAAAUCAAAGAAGGGUAAUUUAGCCUGACUUAUUCAUACACACAUGUCCUGAUUUACUUAAGGCUUGUGUGACCAGAAAGACCUGAAAACAUGUACCCUGACAGGAUGUACAAAGAAUUGUGUCUUUCACAUGAGCAUUUCACAUAGAAUCAUAGCUUGUUCAUUGUGGGCACUUUACUUCAAAAGCAUGCUAUUUUAGGGUGUUCUUACUCAAGGUGUGAAAUGCAAAUCAAUUAAUUUGGCAGCGACGCUGUAAUUGACCAACCCUCAAAGCCACUUCGUGAAUAGCCAAUGCGUGCACAAAUUAAUAUAUCCGAAGGGCACUGAGCGUUAAAUUUACAGAAGCCACCAAGUAAAGACCAGAUUUGAAUAUUUCCUGUCUUCAUAAUGAGCUGUAAAUGAUGUUUUCGAUUUUCAAAAUCAUGACUUAGUAUUAAUUAUUACUGAGGUAUUAUUACAUUUAUUAGAUUUUUCUGCAUAUUCGUGUUUCUCAUGCCAGCAGCGUUGAAUUGGUUUUCUUUCACAAAUACUUUAUUAAUGUAAUCUACACUUAUGUCUACAAACAUUUAUUCAUUUAUUCAUUUAUUCAUGACAUAUUUUAAUAUGUUUUCUUUUUGUUGUUUUUUUUUUUUUUUACCCGACCUGUCUCACUUGUCUUUAGUUGCCGCAAUACUUGAGUUUCACGUUCAGUUUACUCUUACAGGAGUCUUUUGGAGAUCGGUAUUCACUGCGGCUGCCAGGAAUAUUUAGUACACGCAAGAAACCUCAUUUCCAUAAUGUUUCCUCCCCCUACUUUGCAUAUGAUGUAAUUCACACAAUUAUUCUUUGUAAAUCAGCCACAACAUGCCCACUAUCUGCAUGCACAAUUUACCCCCACUGCACAUGCAAAGGAGUUCUCGUUAUUUUGGAUUUUAAUAAAUCAGAGCCCAAUUGUUUAACGUCCAAUCCAUUCUAAAAUAUCUGUCUACUAGUUUACUUCCAGAAUCCUACUGAUACAUAACUAUGCAGAAAUGUACAAAUCCUUUGGUUGUUUGUUUGUUUUUUAUUUUACUGGUUCUUAUUUGCAGUAUAGGCAUUUUGUCUAUAUUAAACAGAAUUAUAUGCAUCAUGGUGUAUUAUUACUCAAUUAUAACUCCAUUAGCCAUUCAUGUGAUUCAGUAUUUAGAGAGUGAGGCUAAAUAGCACUGAAAAAGAGAGAGUGCUUAGAGGACAGUUUGCUGGCAUCAGAAUGAAUGUGUGAGCUUGCAGAUUGUCAUGAUGGAAGUCUUCAUUUUGCACGGAUGCUGCAAGAAGCUAUUAAAUGAUUGCCCGUCUAAUUGGCUCUGUUAAUGCAGUCAUUUGUAAGAUGGCACCAUGGGCCAAGGGCCAGUACAAAAUGGCAGCACCAUUUCUGUAAUCGAAUUUGCUCAAAUUAUGGUGACAAAAGUUUUAAAAUAGUCGCCAGUUUCACCACAAGGUAAAGAUAAAAAUUAGCAAAAAAAUUCUGAGCACUGCAAUUCAUUUGAAAUUUUGUGCAAGGCAAUAAUAUAGUGAUAGUAUCUGGACUGAUGAAAUGCAAUGGAAAGUGACACUAGUAUGGCAAUAGAAAUGUUACAGGUGUUUGUACACCUCAGAUAUUCUUGAAGCAAACAUGGAAAACACACCUGUAUUGUAGAUGUCAUGUCAUUAAUGCACAUCUAAUUUAGUCAUGCAAUUACAGAGUAAUUUAAAUUUAAUAUAUAUGUUUGUUUGUUUGUUUGUUUGUUUGUUUGUUUUAAUUUAAACAUGCAGUUUUUUCUCUGCCAGGGGAAUUUUUUUGUAAAUGUUUAUAAAAAAAAAAAGUCAACAAAAAUGUACUUGUAUAACUAUAUUACACUAUUAGAUCCUCUUUUAUAUGUGUAUGUCACCUGUGUAUUUGCUGCUCAGCUCAUGUGCAAUGUGUACUGGACAUUUUCAAUGUUUCAGGUCAUACCGUGUGAAAACAUUGACAGGUAGUAAGAUUUUACACUUAUCUAUUGGUUAUGGACUCUGAUGAAGACUCUGUAGUUAUAGAUCUGUACAAUUCUGUACAGUAUAGCAUUGUAAAGAUGUUUUUGUGUCUAAAUAAAAACACAAUUCUA